UUCGGAAACUUUUACCGGAUGGGCAACCCUCGGUUUUUUGUUCUCUACAGAGUAAAUUUUGUGAUUAUCUAAACAUUUUAUUGUAAGGUAAAAUGAACGUAAACGCUAGAAUUCUGACUAAUAGAUUAGCGCAACAAUGUGCUAUCAAACGGAUUGUCACAUUUUCCACUAAGCCGACACAACGGGCUGCAGCAGCAGCAGCCGUGCCGCAGCAAGAACAACAACAACAGCAACAGCAGGAUGUAGUUGCGCCUUCAGCUCGGAAGCCCAUUGUACCUUCACAUUAUCGCUUUGUGUACCCUGAGUUCCUGCCUGAUCCGAAAGUGGAAUGGAGAAAUACAAUUCGCGAGAAGCUGGAGCGUCUGGAUAUGUUGGACCGACGUCGUCAAAUUGACCUACCCGAGUUCUAUGUGGGCUCCAUUCUGGCUGUGACCAGUUCCGAUCCCCAUGCUGCCGGUAAAACGAGUCGUUUUGUGGGAAUUUGCAUUCAUCGUGAGCGCUGCGGAUUACGUGCUCGAUUUAUUCUGCGUAACGUUAUCGAUCACCAGGGAAUAGAGGUCGUCUACGAGCUGUACGAUCCCACCAUUCAGAAAGUCGAGGUGCUGCGUGUGGAGAAACGCCUCGAUGAUAGCUUGUUUUAUUUGCGAGAUGCCUUGCCUGAGUACAGCACUUUUGAUGAGAAUAUGGAAGCAGAAGCUCUGGAGGAUGGCACUCCUGUGCCCGUUAAUGAUAUCAAAGUUGUACUGCGUCCUCGUCCCUGGCUAGAACGCUGGGAACGUCAAAACUUGAGAGGUGUGGCCAACAUUGAUCAGUAUCUAAAGGACAAACAUCGCAAGUCGUCUGAAAAAGUACAAAAGCCAUGGGAAAAAUAUGAUCUCAUGAAGCAGUACCGUUCCACCAUUCCCGAGGAGGAGCAAAAAGAGAUAUUUGCCGAGGUCCAUACAGAACUGCAUACCUUAGAACUGCAGAGAAAGCGUAACAAACGGAAACGUACCUUUGUCAAGCCCAAGCAGUUGGCUUAGAUCCGAUACGAAAGUACGGCAUUUGUUUUUCUUAUUUGUAGUUUAAUAAAACCAACAAGAAAUCGA